GGCUUGCAUGGCGGCGGGCACCGUGCGCGGCCUGGCAGUGGCCGGUGGAGGCGAGAGUAGCGAGAGUGAGGAUGACGGCUGGGAGAUUGGGUAUCUCGACCGGGCAUCUCAGAAAUUAACAAGGCCGUUACCCGCUGAAGAAAAGAAUGAAAUAUUUAAGAAAGCGUUGACCACAGGAGAUAUUUCGUUGGUUGAGGAGCUCCUAGAUUCUGGCAUUAGUGUAGAUUCCAACUUUCGGUAUGGAUGGACACCCCUUAUGUAUGCUACUAGUGUUGCCAACAUAGAGCUGGUCCGGGUCCUUUUGGACAGAGGAGCUAAUGCAAGCUUUGAAAAGGAUAAACAGACUGUUUUGAUAACUGCGUGUUCUGCUCGUGGCUCACAGGAACAGGUCUUGAAGUGUGUAGAGCUCCUGCUUUCAAGAAACGCUGACCCAAAUGUUGCUUGUAGGAGACUUAUGACUCCCCUCAUGUAUGCUGCACGAGAGGGUCACCCACAGGUUAUUGCUCUUCUUGUUGCUCAUGGAGCAGAAGUUAAUACUCAGGACGAGAAUGGUUAUACUGCUUUAACUUGGGCAGCACGUCAGGGUCAUAAAAAUGUUGUUUUGAAGUUGCUUGAACUUGGAGCUAAUAAAAUGCUACAGACCAAAGAUGGAAAGACACCAAGCGAGGUUGCAAAUAGAAAUAAACAUCCAGAGAUCUCCAGUCUACUUUCUUUGACAUUAAAUCCAUUGGAAGGAAAGCUUCAACAACUAACUAAAGAGGAGACUAUCUGUAAACUCUUGACAACAGAUUCUGAUAAAGAAAAGGAUCGUAUGUUUAGCUCAUAUGCGGCACUUGGAGAUCUGGAAGUAUUUUUAUACGGUCUUGGACUUGAACAUAUGACAGAUUUAUUGAAGGAAAAGGAUAUAUCUUUAAGACACCUUUUGACCAUGAGAAAAGAUGAAUUUUUAAAGAAUGGAAUUUCCAGUAGAGAUCAGCAAAAAAUUCUGACUGCUCUUAAAGAAUUAGCAGUAGAAGAGAUAAAAUUUGGAGAGCUACCUGAAGUGGCAAAGUUGGAAAUCAGUGGUGAUGAGUUCCUCAGUUUCCUUCUGAAAUUAAACAAACAGUGUGGCCAUUUAAUAACAGCGGUUCAGAAUAUCAUUGCUGAGUUACCUGUAAAUUCUCACAAGAUAGUACUAGAAUGGGCUUCUCCACGGAAUUUUACUUCUGUUUGUGAAGAACUGGUUAGUAAUGUUGAAGAUUUAAGUGAAGAAGUCUGCAAACUGAAAGACCUAAUUCAGAAGUUGCAAAGUGAACGGGAAAAUGAUCCAACUCAUAUACCAUCAGUGGAAGAAGUAUCUCCAUGGAAUAGUAAAAUUUUGAAGAGAACAGCUGUUACUGUAUGUGGAUUUGGGUUCCUUCUUUUCAUUUGCAAGCUAACUUUCCAGAGAAGAUAACCCUAAU